UGCCGCGUGCAGGACGGCGGCCCCCGCACAGCCUGCCUGUUGCGCGCGCGCUUUGUUUGGAAGAAGAAAAAAAAACUACAGAGAAGGAAGCGCGUGCAGCAAAUGACAAGCUCCUCGUGCAGCAGACAGUCGCCCUGUUACAGAGGAACAGAAGAAGAAGAAGGAUGAAGUAAUAAAAUCAGAGAAGCACUUUUCUUCUUCUGGAGUUUGUGCGGUGCGUGAUGCGGCGGCCGGAGCGGAAAAUAUCACGGAUUUUUUAAAACACGCUCUCGUGCGUGACUCUGUUGGAGCUCAGGAUGACGACCACUGCCAUGGACACAAACAAUAACAACAACAACAACAACAACAACACCACAGGAGGUGUGAUCUCCUACGUGGGUUCUUGUGGAGGCUCUCCGACCCGGACCAGUCCAGUCUCCAUGUACAGCGAGAACUCCGACUCCCAGCCCGCCUUCUCCUCCUCUUUAACGCCCUCCUUCCUCAGCAGCAGCAGCAGCUCCAGCUCAGGCUCUGCAGGAGAAGAUGGCUCCUCCUCAGCAGGAGGUUCGCCUCGAGGCCGAGACGACGGAGGCUCCCUGAGGGCGUCGCCCAGCAAGUCUGUGGCCAGCCUCACCAAGCUGAACAGCAUGGUGUUGCUGUGUAAGGUUUGUGGUGACGUGGCCUCAGGUUUCCAUUACGGAGUUCACGCCUGUGAGGGCUGCAAGGGUUUCUUCCGCCGCAGCAUCCAGCAGAACAUCCAGUACAAGAAGUGUGUGAAGAACGAGAGCUGCACCAUCAUGAGGAUCAACAGGAACCGCUGCCAGCAGUGCCGCUUCAGGAAGUGCCUGUCUGUGGGCAUGAGCCGCGACGCGGUUCGUUUCGGUCGGAUCCCGAAGCGUGAGAAGCAGAGGAUGUUGGCGGAGAUGCAGAGCGCCAUGAACAACAUGGUCAACAACCAGCUGCAGAACGACUUCCAGCUCGCCAGCCUCUCCUCCUCCUCCUCCUCCUCUUCCUCCUCCUCUCCAUGCCCGGGGGCCACCAUCGCCCUCGCCCCCCAGCCUCCGGCCCUGCCCCUCACCCCAUCCUCCCCCUCUCCUCCUGCCCCAGCCUCCUCCUCCACGCCCCCUCCUCUUCCUCCUCCUCCCUGUCUUAGCCCCUCCCCCCUCCUCCUCCUCUUCCUCCUCCCCCCCCCCAGCCCCGGGUUGGACUCCACCAUCAGUGCCAUCGCCCGCGCUCACCGUGAGACCUUCCUGUACGCUCACGACAAGCUGGCCAAUCCCCACGCGCCACCUCAGCAGCAGAAUAACCACGCCCACCUCAACGGGGAGGCGGAGCCCUGGGGGCCCAACCGCUGCCCCAACGGAUACCACGCCAACAGCCUCAACACCAUCUUUCACCAUAACAACAACCUGGGGUCGGGACGCCACCUGCCGCUGGACAGCAGCCAAAACGCCACGCAGAAUCACCACGUCAACGGGAGGCGGAGCCUGCAUAACAGUAACUUGAUUGGAGGAGACGGGCUCGCCGAUCAUGUGACCCAGGUGCAGAAGUGUCCGAUGAAGAACCACACAAGGAUUCUGCUGGCCUGUCCAAUGAACAUGCAGCCUCAGGCCGACCCCUCCAGGACCCCCCAGCAGAUCUGGGAGGACUUCUCACUGUCCUUCACCCCCGCCGUCAAGGAGGUCGUAGAGUUCGCCAAACAUAUCCCAGGAUUCAGUUCUCUGUCCCAGAACGACCAGGUCACGCUGCUGAAGGCCGGCACCUUUGAGGUGCUGAUGGUGCGCUUUGCGUCCCUGUUCAACGUGAAGGAACAGACGGUGACCUUCAUCUCCGGUGCCACCUACAGCCUGGAGGAGCUGAGGGCGAUGGGGAUGAGUGAGCUGUUGGGAGCCAUGUUUGACUUCAGCCACAAACUGGCGGCGCUGGAGCUGAGCACCCAGGAGCUGGGCCUGUUCACCGCCGUGGUGCUGGUGUCAGCAGACCGGUCCGGUAUCGAGAAUGUGGCGUCGGUGGAGCAGCUCCAGGAGAACCUGAUCAGAGCGCUGCGGACACUGAUCAGCAAGAUGGCCGUUGCCCCCGGCAACAACCAUCACAACGUGGAGUCGCCACGCUUCACCAAAUUGCUGCUGAAGCUGCCCGACCUGCGGACGCUCAACAACAUGCACUCCGAGAAGCUGCUGUCCUUCCGCAUCGACGCCUGAUGACCUCACCGGUGAUGUCACUGGUGACGUCUCCGCUCAGACUCAGACCUGCGCUUCACUUCCUGUGGUCGCCGGUGCUAAUAAUGAUAUACGAUGGCAUAUCACGUGGUGCUCUCCAUCUUCGCCAUGACGUCAUCAUCGUCCUAAAGUGUUUGAUAAUGAUGUCAUCGCGAGCCACUCGGCCAACAUGUGACACAGUGAUGAUGUCAUCAGCAGAACUCACCACCAAAAUAAGAGUCUGCAGCCGACCGAGUUAAAGAUCAGUCCGACUUUUUAAGAAUGCUCAUUAAGAGAAUCCAGCACAAAGUGGUUAGCCUAGCUUAGCACAAAGACUGGAAUCAGGGGUGCUAAGCUAGGCUAACAGUUUCCCCCUGCUUCCAGUCUUUGUGCUAAGCUAGGCUAACAGUUUCCCCCUGCUUCCAGGCUUUGUGCUAAGCUAGGCUAAACACGUCCGAGAACAAGAGGACUUUUAAAAUGUCGGACUCUUCCGGUACAAACGUUUCCAGGAGAAAGGGCACAUCCAGAACUUCCAAGCGCCAUGCUGACCUCCUGGAUCCACCAACACCAGCCAAUCACGUGAAGGAAGAGCAGAGACGGACAGCUCCACUGACCAAUGAGACGCAGGAGAAGGGGCGAUGUGUUUAAGUACAAUCAGAAAAUGCUGCGCGAAGCCUCAGUCGUCUCUAACGAACUCGAUGCAGCAGAUAUGCUGUGUGAAACUGUAAAUAAAUAAAUAUCCAGUUAAGCUUGAACUGUUUGAAGAACUGUGUUUGACCUGAAGAUAUAUUAUACACCUAUAUUUUUUGUUAAUAUGAAUAAAUGCCUGUGCAAAUAUUAUGACCGUAGGUAAAAGGUUGAGUAUGAAAAGCAUAUAAUGGACACGAUAAUGUUUGUAUUUUAAUCUGUUUAAUGUUGUAAAGAUGUUAUAAAUAUAUAUAUAAAUAUAAACACACA